CUUGUUUCUCUGCUUCACUUCUGAAGUGAUUAUGAGAAGUUUAAGUUACAGUAACAGCAACAGCCUACAGAGCAACAGAGUUCACAUUACACUGGAAUAAGAGAAAGACUAAACACAGAUUUUCAUUAUCAUAGCUGGAGCUAUUGUAGAGGAAUUUGUCACUCAACUGAAGACAUUUAAAGAGUCCUUGUGAAAGUUAAAGGAGAUAAGGACUGAUGGAUGUACUUUCAGCUCUGUUGAUUUGCGUUCAUCUGUGUACUGCAGUUCAAGCGAGCGUUCAGCAACACUCUUUAACUGUCAAUGUGCCCCAUCGGAUAUAUGAGUGUCCCGAGGGUGCCAAUGUCACUCUGACAUGUACCCAGUCUGGAUCCAAGGCUCACCCGGAGGACAGGUUAUGGCGUACCUGGCUCUUUACAUCUCGCACACAGGAGCACUGUCACAAGGGGGUACAUCCUCGUGGGGUCAAUUCUUCCAAUCGCUCAUUGGGUGUAGAAUAUGGUGUCAGUGAGCAGCUCUACUCAGUCACCCUGCAGAACGUCAAACACCGGGACCAGGGCAGAUACUGCUGCCUGCUUCUGGACGUCCAGAACAAGCACAAGAUUGAACAGGAGGCCCAUAACUAUAUCUACCUGACUGUGAUGCCAGUAACAAAAACUCACAACGGCAGUCUGAAGUGUUCUGAGAUGGCCCACAAUUCUUCAGAUGACUCUGUGGCUGAAGGUUUGGCAAUUGCAGCCUGUAUUGGUUUCAUUCUGUGUCUCCCAAUCAUAAUGAUGCUGAUUUACAGACAGAAACAAACAGCAGUGAGAAGCAGACGUGCACACGAGCUAGUGCGUAUGGACAGUGAAGCACAAGGGCAUGAGAACCCUGUAUUUCUGGGGGAUUCUCCACAGCCUAAAACUCGGACUGUAUCCCAAAUUAUGCGGCAGUCAUCAGAAACAGGACGGCACCUCCUGUCCGAUCCCGGAACGCCUUUCUCUCCUUACAUACAAGUGGACGCCUUCUUCCCUGCGCAGGAACCUAUUCCCGAGUCUCCCAACUUGCUGCAGGAGUAAGAGGUAUUGCAUUCACUCCCAGUAACAACUGGUGCUUCUACCUUCUCUCCUCUAUUCUACCUGUCUUCUGCACAGAUGAUAAGAAGAGACCCCCAAAAGGAGAAUUCAAAUAAUCUCUCCACUAUUGCAGUUGGGCACCUUUUCUGAUUAUUUCUUUGCCUGUACGCUGACUGUCUUCAGACAGGUUUUCAAGGGAAGGAACAUCUGAAUAUAUAACUUUGGGCAACAGGGAAACUAUGAUCACCAUGGAUGUAACAGGGCAAUCUCUUUGGCAUGUCCUUUCUUUAUUUAAAUGACUAAGCUGUUUGCACACUUAAACUGUAGAUUUCUCUUCAUUUUGUGCUACAUUUGUCUGUUAGACUGUGGCUUCAAUUGCACUGUAAAUGACUAUUUUUCACUUUUUCUUCUAAUUAGUCUAUACCUAUCCUCCUCCCUCCACUGAAAGAUUCUGUUCAUCCUCCCAUUUAGAGGUCAGGGAGGUAUUAAUACCUCAUUCUCUCCGCUCUCCUCAUCUCAAGAUUGAGUGCCUUAAUAGUCAGAGUGCCAAUACUCAGUAUCCCAGUACUGUUAUUCAGUAGUAAGUGCCUCAAUGCUCACACUUCCUUGCUUUGUACAUAUCGGCUCAUUACAGAUCCUUCAGAGCAAUGAACAUUGCACUAUUAAUGCAUUUUAUAAAAAUGAGAUGCUUGUGUACAUUUUCUAUUGAUCAUGGCAGCAGUAAUUUAUCAAAUAAUGAUGGAAUGAUGGAGAGGCGCUUUAUAACUUGGUAUGUAUCCAGAUGCAUGUUUUGUUAAGUGCAUUUUCGCCAUGUUAAAGAGAUGCAGCUGUCCUGAUCACAGUAGAGGAAGGGUGUUGUACAGACCCAGCAGAGUAAACCAGAUUGGGGUGGUCUGCUGUAUCCUCUGCUACAUAACGUUCAGAACUGGCCUGCAAGAUGGGUGCUUUUUUCAUGCAUAGCUUGGAUUAUGCAUGUUCUCAGAAGUUCUCAGAAUUUGUGCAGAGUCUUGUGGUAAAUGUUUCAUUUGUGACAAUCAAAUCGACAAUCUCUCAUGCUACUGGUGGCUUUAAGGGUCAGAUUGAGAGUUUAAAAAUGGAGAUUUUGUCUGAUCCAAAUCUUCUUCUUUUUUUUAUACAUUGCCUAUGCCUUAUGUUGUGUGUAUGUGUGUGUGUGUGUGUGUGUGUGUGUGUGUGUGUGAGUGUGUGUGAGUGUGUGUGAGUGAAAGAGAGAGAGUAUUUUUAUUUUUAGGUCUUUUUUAUAUUUUUAAAAAGAAGUUUAAAAGUUUAAA